AUGCUUCAACAGUAUACUGCACCGAUAUUGUACGUAUUAAACUCGCUUAUAAACAAAUGUAACACUGUAAAGAAUUAUCAAGUAAGACGCAUUAAUGAUACAACAUACUUAGUAACAUGUUAUCCAGAAAUAGAUUGUUUAGAUUUCGAGAGCCAAAUUGUCCCCGUAAACGACAAACGGUAUACGGCGUUUGUCAAUACAUGGCGAGAACCGACAACUAUAACAGUCGGGGAGAAACCAAAGCAUAAACCACCUUCAGCCUCUUUUAUAACUAAAGUUCGGGAGAAUUAUUUUCGUCAUUUCUUUGCUACGAAGAAAACGCCGACGCCUACUGACGUAGAUAACAUGUAUGACGCAUUUUCACUUGAUCGUAAUCUUCAGAAGGCAAGACGUUUAGCUUCUUUACUAAAGGCAGAGGUCCCAAAAGAUGUGAUCCAAAAUUCGGAAGUAAAAAUUCUCCGGAAGAGGGGAAAACGUCCUUUUUAA